AUGGCGGCGCGCCGCCUCGUGCUGAACGGGCUGACGGCGGAGGUGGGCGGCGCGGCGGGCGGCGACGCCGGCGCGGGCGGCGCGGCCUCGCCCGAGUUCUACCACGAGCUGGAGCUGUACCGGCAGCUGCUGGCGCUGCCGACGCCGGCCGAGCGCGCGCCGCGCCGCCGCGCCCGCACGCCCGACCCGCCGCCGCCCGUGAGGACGUGCCACGGUAACAACUCAUACUUUUAU